GAUGUCGCUGACGGUCUGUCCCUUGUCAAGCUGAAGAUGUGCACAAAAGAUUACGACGUCAUCCAUCGCUUGGCAGAUCUCCGGGAUACCCAGGGCCAGAAGACAGCUAUCUCCAAGCUGAAACAUGUGAACGACACCAUCCGCUUCUGGGGAGAGCCAUUGCGUCCCCUCAUCCAG